UCUCUCCCAGGGGUCUCAAUUUUUCAUUUACAAUCCACUCCACUGCAUGCCAGUGAGCGCGCCGUUUGAAGUGCCAGAACGCGUGUGUGUGAGUGAGCAGGGAGCACGGCGUGGAGCAGAGGAGAGAGCCAACAGCUUCGUGAAGGCGGUGGAGUGUCCUGCCUCCUCUCCCUGCUUUACACACAUGCAUCUGAAAGGCAUCAGCAUUUCUGGAUCGGCGCUCAGUCAACAACUCCGUGGAGCUCUGGAAGUUUUUUUCGCAUUUUGAACCAACGAUACUUUGCAGAAAGAGAUUAUAUGGCUUUCAGUGGACGCAAUCAACAGACUUUGUGGUCUUCAUAGUCCUAUUAAGUUGCAAAACGUUUUAAACUAGGUCAAAACAUUGCUCCACCUGGAUAAGUAGCUAUCAUAGUGAGCAAAGACAACGAAGGCAUCGUUUUGGAGGCUGUUUCUUAGGAGUUUCUCUUUGAAUAAACGCAAGGAGGACCUGUUUGGUUAACCUAAUACUCUUGCCCAGUUUUUUUUUUUUCUCUUGUAUCGUAUUUGCGUCAUGACUUCUAGCUAUGCACAUGUAAUGGACAGACAAGCAACCAUAUCCAGCAGACUGGAAAGUCCCAUUACAGCCAACCUGGAAAACCUGCAAGCCAAAAAGAACUUCUCGGUGAGCCACCUGUUGGAUCUAGAGGAGGCUAGAGAAAUGGUCGGUUCUCAGGCGGACGAAAGUGUUGGCGAAGCGGGCAGGACUAUGCUGGAAUCUCCGGGUUUAACCAGCGGCAGUGAUACAACACAACAGGAGAAUGAACAGCUGAACGCAGAAGAAAAGAAGAAGCGGAAACAACGGAGGAAUAGAACUACGUUCAACAGCAGCCAGCUGCAAGCGCUGGAGCGAGUGUUUGAGCGGACACACUACCCAGAUGCCUUUGUUCGAGAAGACCUGGCACGCAGAGUCAAUCUCACCGAAGCUAGAGUUCAGGUGUGGUUCCAAAACAGACGGGCAAAGUUUCGGCGCAACGAGCGGGCGAUGCUGGCCAGUAAGAACGCUUCGCUUCUCAAAUCGUACUCAGGCGACGUAACAGCGGUGGAGCAGCCUAUCGUCCCCCGUCCCGCACCCCGUCCAAAUGACUACCUGUCCUGGGGGAGCGCAGCCCCAUACAGCUGGUACCCAAGGCCGGAGGGAGGGCCAAUGCGAAUGCCACAGAAAAUGCUGCCCACAGAAAGCAACACCAUGGCAACCUACCCACCCACUUGUGCCAACACCACUUCCUCCCAGGGAAUGAAUAUGGCCAACAGCAUUGCUAACCUGAGACUGAAGGCCAAAGAGUACAGCCUCAACCAGGUGCCCACUGUCAACUAAGCCUGAAACGGGGGACGAGAUGAGGGGACAAAGAGAAGCAAGAGACGUUGAGAAAAGAAGAACGCAGAGAAGCUGGAUUAAUUUGGCCUUCUGCAGUGUCAGAGCAGAGUGGAUGUGACUUUUCGCCCCCCCCUAAAACAAUGGAAUUGCAUUGUUGUCCCUCUCAUUUGGCUUUUUUCUUCAUCGCAGAUGAAGGUAUGUUUUUGAGAAACUUAAUCUCAUUUUGUACUGAUCCGAAGAUUGUAAAGACAGCGCAAGGACUGCUCUUUGGACGAGCAGGGCUCCGCUAAAUCUGUAAGAAGUGGGAGACGGAGCGUCUGGAUGCUGUAAGCUGUUCUUUCCUUGUUCUUUUUUGGCUUUAUUUUGGGUCGACCGGACGGAAAGUAAAGACACUUUCAUGGCAAACAAUGGAGGACUGUUGUUUCACCACGGAAUGGUUUAAAUUACACAAGAGGUUUAAUGCUGAGAUUUGGCUAAAUAGUAACCCACAAUGUCUCCCAUGUCUACAUCCAGUAGAAUAAAGACACAUUUGUGGACUUUAAUCAGUAAACAUGAGAUGUUUAAAACUGUCAAUGCUAACUGAAGCAUUGGGGUUGGAUUACAUCUUUUAAUGUCUUUAAUAUUACACCACUGUUUAAGGUAAAUACUGUGCCCCACGGUGACCUAUGUAUCUGCUCACAGUACAUUAACACAAUUAUGUUUCAGAUUUUCCAAACAUGACGAGUUUUUUACCAAUUAUAUUUUCUUUCUUAUAUUUGGAAACCAUAUAGUAAUAAACCAUUUUCAAGCAAUACAUCUUAUACUAUUGUGUUGAAUCCCGCAGCUGAAGAGACAUGCAUAUUUGUUUUUGCUGUUUUUCGCUAAAUGCUCAUAUGUGAGAAACUGUUGCAGGCAACAGUAUUACUCCAACAUGACCUUACAAAAUAUAUCCGUAUGUAAGAUUUCAUGCUUUAAGUUAGUCAAAACAUCGACGCUACAAAAUAAAUAAUCCAAAAUGAAGUUUGUUUCAUAUUAUAGAUUUUGAUGGUUUUCAAAUUGUGUUUUUUUUUUUCAAAUUGUGUCCAAAACUUUGUGAGGGAAGACAUUUUACCGUACAAUAUAUUAAUAUUAUUUUUGACCAGAUUUAAUUUUUUGCAGGUUGUCUUUUUGGGAAGCACAUUAAGCAACACACCCGUGUUAUUACAAACACU